AUGAAUGACGAUGUGAUUGUUAAGAAAAUAAAAUUAAAUGUUGGUAUAGAAUUAUAUCUAUGUUGAUAGGAAGUUAUGUGAUGCCAUAAGAUGAUUUUAAAAUGGAUUCAAAAUCAUUAAUGCAAACAGAAGCUCAAAGAAUUUUCAAUCAAUAUUCUAAUGUGGUUAAGGAAGAGAAGAAAUUGUAAGUUUUUAGUCAAAUAACAUAACAAACAAGUGGGUUUAUUAAACGUUUAGAAGAACAUCGUUAAAUUUUGAAAACAUAGAUAGAAUUGCAAUUAAAAAUUUGCUAAGGAAAUAUAUUAUUAUAAAGAGCCUUGAGUGGUAUUGAAAUAAAGAAAUGA